AUGGUGGAGAAGCAGGACCAGAAGCAAGAUGGAACCACGGGGGUGUUUAAAGCAAGAGGGAGACAUGGGCAGAUUUAUAGCUUGGAUGUGUCUCUGGAGCCAGAUGAAGGAUGGCGUAAAGAUGAAAAGAAGGAUUUGGCAAGCCGUUGCAAAACUCAGGAGAGAGGUGGCCAGGGCCGGGAGCCCGACCUCUGGCCUGAGCCAUCCUCGCCUUGCCUCGGGAAUCUUUGGCGUUUCACUGCGCUACCCCGCGUUCUCCCUUUCCGCGUCUUUGGGCGCCGCCCUCGCUCCCGCGAGGAUUUCGGCUCCAGCAUCUCCGGCUAUCCCUACGCAGAAGCUUCACUUCUGCAGAAUGAAAAGCGAAAGCCGCGGCCGGCGGGCGGAGUUGGGGGCCGAAUGCGCCGCGUGGCUACUGCUUGGAAGCCGCAGCGGCCGCGAGGGCGAUCCCCACGCGGCGCCGAACCCGACCUCAACUUCAGCGCUAGUGAGGCGUCCCCGGAGCCCACCGCAGCCCGGAUGCACCCCCUCCCCCCCGCGACACACACCGGCGUCGAGCCCCCCCUGUACCCGCGGCCCCGGGAGCCCUCCACAGCUGGUCCCCAGCCUCCCCCACCGCCUGCAGCGCGCCCCCCCGCCGGCCGGUUCCUCCGCCUGCGACUCGGACGCGCCAAAGGCAGUUCGGCGGCUCAGCGACCCCAACUUCGGCUUCCCGAGGGACACGACACCCUCAGCAAAGCGCGGAAUCACCUCCGCCGGCCUCUUCCGAAGUCCCUACACCCGGGCGAGGGGCAUUCCUCUGGAUUUUGGAAACCUUCCCCAUUCGCCCCGGGAGAAACUGGAUCUCCGUCCGCACCCUCUGGGCAGAUGAUAGCCACCCCCGGACGCGCCUAG